GCGACCUAUCCCUCGCUCUGCAGCUUCGUGCCGACAGCCCAGGGCACUCUGGGGCCUUCCAGCACCCAGGACCGCGCCUAUAUUGUCCCCUUACCUUUUGUUUGGGUAGGGUCGCCGUGAGCACCGGAGGAAACCGCCUGACCUUCGCGGAUCGCUUUUGUUGGCCACAAGUCCCCGCGGGCCGUAGCCUGUUCGCUGUGCUGUGAGACCCUCGCUUCGCCUGGAGGGAUCGAUUUGUGUUUACCUCGGGUGACGAAAAGAUUUGCAGGCACUCAGCCAAAGACUUUUCUGCCUUGUUGGGUGACUUAAAACUCCACCCCAAGUUGUCUUUUGUGGAGUUGGCCCCCAAGUUUGGUUUAACUGCAGGGUCGCCCACCCGGCGUCCCCAGCCUUUAUUGAGGGCGGAAAUGGCCAAUUCGGGCCUUCAGCUGUUGGGCUUUUCCAUGGCUCUGCUGGGCUGGGUGGGCUUGUUGGCGUCCACCGCCAUCCCGCAGUGGCAGGUGAGCUCCUACGCGGGCGACAACAUCAUCACAGCCCAGGCCAUGUACAAGGGGCUGUGGAUGGACUGCAUUACCCAGAGCACGGGCAUCAUCAGCUGCAAAAUGUACGACUCGGUGCUCGCCCUGCCGGCGGCCAUGCAGGCCACCCGAGCCCUAAUGGUGGUAUCGCUGGUGCUGGGUUUCCUGGCCAUGGCGGUGGCCACGAUGGGUAUGAAGUGUACAAACUGUGGCGGAGAUGACAAAGUGAAGAAAGCCCGUAUAGCCACGACCGGAGGCAUCAUUUUCAUCUUCGCAGGUCUUGCUGCCUUGAUAGCUUGCUCCUGGUACGGCCACAAGAUUGUCUCAGACUUUUAUAACCCAUUGAUUCCCAUGAAUACCAAGUACGAGUUUGGUCCUGCCAUCUUCAUUGGUUGGGCAGGGUCUGCUCUGGUUCUCCUGGGAGGUGCACUGCUCUCUUGUUCUUGCCCUGGGAGUGAAAGCAAAGCUGGGUACCGUGCACCCCGCUCCUACCCUAAGCCCAACUCUGCCCAGGAAUAUGUGUAAGCUGGGACCCCCUUGCCUCCAGCCUGGCAGCUAUGGAUAUGGUGUGCCCAAACAACUGAAAGGCCCUGGGGCAGAAAGCUGAGCCCAUAGGCAGGGCGUGAAGCAGAAGCUUUAAGUUACUCCAGCCCUGCACACCAUGUAGU